UACCAAUCUUAUUAGCUGCUGUACUCGAACUCCAGCUGUUGAAUGGCCGGCGAGACACGGUAAUACAUUCAACGAUGGCACCCUCGAGAGCAAUGACUCCGCUGCGGAAUAUCUGCGUGCGAUGUCCGAUACGGCAAACGACCGCAAGCCGAAGAUUUGGAGCCAGCGGCCGCCGCGGAUAUGCACAAGAGUCCGAUCUGCCGCGCAUUGCAAACCCUUCCUUUUGGGCCUCACUUGUCCCAAAGUUCCUCCGCCGCUCCAAGGAUCCAAUCGAGGUGGCGGAGGUGGCGAAGGCGAAGUCGACAAGAUCCAAAGAAUGGAACCCGGCCACCAUCUUCCUUUUUCUCGGCAUCUUUGUCGGGUCCAACGCGAUUCAAAUCAUUGCUAUGCGCAAUGAAAUGCUGAACUUUAGUCGCAAGACCGAUGCCAAACUCUCUUUACUCCGCGAGAUCGUGCAGAGGGUGAAGAAUGGGGAGGACGUGGAUGUGAGGAAGGCUUUGGGAACUGGAGAUCCCCAACACGAGGCGGAGUGGGAAGAGGUCGUGAAGGAGCUGGAAGAGACGGAUAUGUUAUUGGAGGGAAGUAGAAAGAGGGAAGCAAAGAGGGCAGAGAGGCUGGACCAGAAGAGAGAACAAAGCAAAGAGAGGACGACGGAAUCUCGCGAUCGUGAGGGGCCUGGAGACGGUCACGAGCCGGACACGGCGCAGGGUGAUACGAAUCGACGACCAAAGUUUCUCAUGUGAAGCAUGCUAGAUUGAGGCCCUCCAGUAUGAGGAGCUCAAUUUAUGAUUCUCUGUCAUUGAAG